CGAUGACUGAACUUCGUUUCUUACCAACAAUAAAUGAAACAGAAUGACUGAGCAGCUUUCUUCCACUUUUAUUUCCCACUUUUAUUUCCCACUUUCUGCCUACGUUUUUUCUGGGAACAUAUCCUAUUUACGAUACAAGAAGUUCACUUGUGAAAUUAUUUGUCCCUCUCUUCCUUUGUUUCUCCUUCCUUCGUCUUUCACUUUGCCACAAUUUUCAUGCAAAACUCGCCAUACAGCCGACCUCCGGACUACAGCUGGUACGCACGUCGACAUCGAAUCAGCUGCCCCUUCAAUGUCUAACUUCACCCACUCACCUUUCUUGACCCACCCCCCUCACAGGCUUAGGCUGAUGGUUAGGCAGCAACCAGUUCAUGCUAGGCUUUGUAGCUUUAAGGAGAAAGUUGAUAGACGGCCAAUUGACCCACCACCCAUCGUUCAGCUUGUAUGCGACAGUCCUGAAAUUGAUCAGCAACAUUUCCUGCAAAAUCCCUUCUUUUUUCUCGUAUGCUCAUUACAGAAUGCAAAUGACUAUGACACCCAAGGCAGUCGAGUGGAUUGUAAUCAAACGACGGCUGGAACAGUUGUACAGUCUCUCCAUAAGCUCAAAGACUUGGAUGGAUCUGAUGGUGGAUUCUUUCUGUUUUCAGACAUAUCUGUCCGAGUCGAAGGUCACUUUCGAUUACGAUUUACUUUAUUCGAGAUUGUUGGAACCCGCGCUGUAAGGCUUACCAGCACGCUUUCCGAUGUGUUUCAAGUUUAUUCACCCAAAUUAUUUCCUGGCAUGGCAGAAUCCACCCUCUUGACACGCCAUUUGUCUGACCAAGGAAUGAGAAUUCGAAUUCGUAAAGAAAACCGGGUACAACUCAGCAAGCGGAAACGCUCUGAAGAUGUUGGUUCAGUCGACGACGCCAGCUGUUCUCAACCUCCUAGUCCCGUCACAUCCAAUUCUCAUCCUUCGCCACCGUGCGUAACACCCGAUCGAACACCCGUCCAUUACCCUAUCGCCACACACCAUCAUCAUAAUACACGUUCAAUAUCACCGUCCGAACAUCAGGUUCGACUGCCGCCUCUCAAACAUCUUCUCCAAGCUCUUCCACAUCCUUUCACGGGAAACGACACCUAUUCUUCAUUGAGAGAACCUGUGCCAACCGCCUACCAUUGGCCUGUGGCUCCUGGAAGGUCCAGUACCUACUAUGUUGGUGACCCUUGAAAAAAAAACCCAACCCCACCCUGAAUGAUUUAGAAAAAAAGGAUGAUAGCCUACCCCUCUUCCCCAUCACCUAUUCAGAAUACCCUGUAAAUAGAAUUAAAGUUGCUCACGUUUUUUUGACCUACCCUCCA